AUGGCUGAUGGUGAGGGCCCCAUCAAUGUUCAUGAUCACGGUACUGCUCUUGAUAAGAAACACUUUAGAGUCCAAUGCAAUUAUUGUGGUAAAGUGGUCAGCAAUUUCUUCCGUUUGAAGGGUCACUUAGGAGGUUUACGAUGUGAUGUUACCCCUUGUGAAAAUGCUCCUCAAAACGUGAAGGAACUGUUUAAAAAAAGUUUACUUGAAAGGAAAACAGAGAGUUUUUGCAAGGAAGUUGGGGAUCCCCAUCACCCAAAUCUUCCUCGGAAGAGGAAUUGUUGUCAUAACUGGAACAGUGACCAGCAUAAUAGGCAUGAGACCACUCAAAAUGGUGGUUCUUGUUUUGCGAGGCAUGUUGACAUGGACUCUGCCCCGGAAGACAAUCUGACAGACAGUGCUCCUUUUUCCAAUGCUGGUAUGGGUUUCCAACGAGCCAUAAGUUGUGAAACAAUAAAAGAUGCAUUAUCAAUGCAAGCCCAAAAAAGCAUUGCUAGAUUCUUCUAUGAAACGGGUGUAGAUUUCAGUGCUGCUAAUUCUGCUAGCUUUAAAAGAAUGAUAAAUGCGACAAUAGGUCAUGGUCAGACACAGUAUGACGUCCCUAGUUGUCAGGAACUAAAAGGCUGGAUACUUCAAGAUGAGGUGAAGGAGAUGCGAGAGUAUGUGAAGAAGAUUACGCAUUCAUGGGCAAGCACAGGGUGUAGCGUACUGUUAGAUGCAUGGGUUGACGAAAAGGGCAGGCAUCUGGUUAAUUUUUUGGUGGAUUGCCCUCAAGGUGCGGUUUAUCUUCGAUCAUGUGAAGUUACAUCUUUCAUUGGUGAUGUUGAUACCUUACAGUCGGUGUUUGAUGGAGUUAUUAAGGAGAUUGGAGUUGACAAUGUAGUUCAAGUGGUGGCAUGUUCCACAAAGGGUUGGGUCGGAGAUGUGGGCAAACAAUUCAUGGAUAGGUGCAAGAGAUUUGUCUGGACCGUGAGCGCAUCUCAUUGCAUUGAGCUUAUGCUAGAGAAGAUUGGGGUGAUUGAGUCUAUCAGAGGGAUAAUAACUAAAGCCAAGACAAUUACAAAGUUUAUUUAUGGCCAUGAAACUCUUUUGAAUCUUUUGAAGAAAUAUACUCUUGGCCAUGACAUAAUCAAGCCCUCCAAAACAAGACCAGAAAUGCCCUUUCUGACUCUAGAGAACAUUGUAUCCGAAAAGCAGCAUUUAAAGGAUAUGUUUGCUUCAUCAGAUUGGAAGACAUCGUUUUGGGCUUCUAGAAUAGAGGGAAAGAGGGUAGCAGAUUUGGUGGGAGACCAAACUUUCUGGAAUGGAACUGAGAUUGCCUUGAAGGCAACAAUUCCACUGGUACGUGUUUUAAGCUUUAUCAAUCAGGCUGAUAAACCACAAGUCGGGUACAUAUAUGAAACAAUGGAUCAAGUAAAAGGGACAAUUAAAGAGGAAUUUAAAAAGAAGAAAACCCAGUACUUGCCUUUUUGGCAAGUGAUUGACGAGAUUUGGGACACCCAUCUCCAUAGCCCUAUCCAUGCUGCAGGGUAUUAUUUAAACCCAUGUCUCUUUUAUUCAAGUGAUUUCUUUGGUGAUGCCGAGGUUGCCUUUGGCCUUUUGAGCUCAAUCGUCCGCUUGGUACGUGAUCAAAGAAGUCAAGAUUUGAUCUCCCGACAUCUUGAGGAGUACAGACAUGCUAGAGGUGGUUUUGAAGGGGGGAAUGCCCUUGACCAAAGAACCAACAUCCCUCCAGCUCUUUGGUGGUCUCAUUAUGGAAGACAAUAUCCUGAACUGCAGAGAUUUGCCAUUCGAAUUUUGAGCCAGAACUGUGAUGGUGCUUCAAGAUACGUACUCAAAAGGAGUUUGGCUGAGAAGCUGCUCACAACUGGAAGGAAUCCAAUUGAGCAACAACGAUUGAAUGAUCUGACAUUUGUGCAUUACAAUUUGCAACUGCAGAUUCAGUCAGGCACGAGGCGUGAAAUUGUUGCUGAAGAGAUUGACCCAAUGGAUGAUUGGAUCGUUGAUGAAGCACUGUAG